CAGCUACUAGCUACGACUGCUACUGGCCAGGUCUGUAGAAGACGGUAGAGAGAGGGCAGUAGAGAGAGUGACAGACAGAGACAGAGACAGGCUGUGAAGAGUCAGACACCACUCAAUUGAUACUCCAGCCAGCAACUACACCAUGGCGAACCAGGCAACCGCAGGCCAUCCCGUCCAGAUGCUCACAAAGUUCGAGAGCAAGUCCUCCCGUGUCAAAGGCAUCGCAUUCCAUCCAAAAAGACCCUGGCUACUCACGUCCCUCCACAACGGAUGCAUCCAAUUGUGGGACUAUCGCAUGGGAAGCCUUCUGGACCGCUUCGAAGAGCACGACGGAGCAGUCCGUGCCGUCGACUUCCACAAAACACAACCCUUGUUUGUUUCUGGCGGAGAUGACUACAAAAUUCGCGUCUGGAACUACAAGACCCGCAAGUGUCUCUUUACGCUAUCCGGACAUCUCGACUAUGUCCGCACAGUCUUCUUCCACCAUGAGUAUCCAUGGAUCUUGUCCUGCUCAGACGACCAGACCAUUCGCAUCUGGAACUGGCAAUCGCGAAAUUGCAUUGCCUUGAUUUCGGGACACUCACACUAUGUCAUGUGUGCCCAGUUCCAUCCAAAGGAAGACCUCAUUGUGAGUGCCUCCCUCGACCAAACCGUGCGUGUUUGGGAUAUCUCGGGACUUCGAAAGAAGAAUGCAGCACCACAGAGCAUGUCGCUUGAAGAACAGCUGCAACGCUCACAAGCCGGUCAAGGUGCAGACUUGUUUGGUAAUACCGAUUGUGUUGUCAAGUAUGUCCUUGAGGGACACGAUCGAGGCGUCAACUGGGCUUCCUUCCACCCAACAAAACCACUCAUCAUCUCUGCCGGUGAUGAUCGCAACGUCAAGCUCUGGCGAAUGAGUGACACGAAAGCUUGGGAAGUCGAUACCUGCCGCGGACACUUCAACAAUGCAUCGUGUGCCAUCUUCCACCCAACACUGGACUUGAUGCUCUCGGUGGGUGAAGACAAGAUGAUUCGCAUUUGGGAUCUCAAUAAGCGAACUGCCGUGCAAGCAUUCAGGCGUGAAAAUGAUCGAUUCUGGGUCAUCACGGCACACCCAACCUUCAACUUGUUUGCCGUUGGUCAUGAUGCAGGUGUCAUGGUCUUCCGACUUGAACGAGAACGUCCAGCCAUCACACUCGACAAGAAUAUUGUCUACUACAUCGACAAGCAGAAAAUGGUGCAGACAUAUGAUUCCCUGCGGCAACAAAAGGGAACACAACCCGUCAUGGCAUUGCGCAAGUUUGGUGGACAAUGGACACAACCCAAGUCUAUUUCCUACAACCCAGCAGAAAAGCUCGUGUUGGCAACGUCUGUGCGUGAAGUAUCGCCUUUCCUCCUCAACAAGCCCAGCGACAACGAGAGUCAAACUGCCAUGUAUGAGUUGUUUGAAGUGCCACAAGCUUCUUCGUCUGCUGAGACGCUUGUCGGGCUCAAAGGCACAGGCCACGUCGCCUUCUUCACGGCUCGCAACAGAUUCGCCGUCCUCAACUGCUACAAGCAUGUUAUUGAGAUUCGUGACCUUAACAACGAUGUCAUCAAAUCCAUGAAGGCACCGGCAGACGCACACAUUAUGUUCCACGCAGGUGCAGGACAAGUCUUGAUUGGUACGGCGCAUGUCGUGAUUUUAUUCGACUUGACAACCGGUACAGAAAUUGCCAGUGCGCGUAUGUCGAGCCUCAAGAACGUCGCCUUGUCUCCUGAUGGCAACUUUUUCGGUCUUGUUGGGAAACAUGCCGUCUUCAUUGUUGAUAAGCAAAUGAAGGUUAAGAUUGUAAAGUACGAGACGAUUCGUUGUAAAGGUGCUUGCUGGGAUGAUUCCGGUGUGCUCAUCUACGCGACACUGAACCACAUCAAGUAUCUCAUGCCGAGCGGUGAUCAUGGCAUCAUCAAGACACUGGAUGAAACAAUCUACCUCGUCAAGAGCAAAGGCAAACAACUCCUGUGCUUCGACCGACUCGCACAACCCCAAGUCUUGCUCAUCGACCCAACUGAGUAUAAGUUCAAGCUGGCACUUGUCAAGAAGAAUUAUGAUGAAAUGUUUAGCAUCAUCAAAAACAGCAAUCUGGUGGGUCAAUCCAUCAUUGCUUAUGUGCAAAAACAUGGAUUUCCCGAGAUUGCGCUGCAAUUCGUGCAAGACCCUCAAACGCGCUUUGAAUUGGCCAUCGAGUCUGGUGAUUUGACGGUGGCUAGCAAGGAAGCCAAGGAAAUUGAUAAACCAGAAAUCUGGAAGCGAUUGAGUGUGGAAGCCAUGCGACAGGGUAAUCACACUACCGUUGAAAUGUGCUACCAACGACUCAAGGCCUUUGAGAAGCUGUCUUUCCUCUACUUGACCAUUGGCGAUCGUGUCAAGUUGCAAAAGAUGAACAAGAUUGCAGUCUCGCGUGGCGAUUACAUGGCACAAUUCCAAACAUCCCUCUACUUGGGUGAUGUCAAGGCACGCGUCACCAUGCUUAGAGAAACGGGUAUGAUCCCACUUGCUUACAUGACUGCCAAGUCACAUGGCCUAACGGAUCUUGCAAGUGAGAUUUUGUCAGAAGCCGGCAUCAGUGAGUCAGACAUCAAAUUGCCCACUCACACACCAAAGGCGUUGACACCAGCUGCUCCACGCUCGACGGCUUCAAAAGCAAACUGGCCGCUGAGUGAGGCGAAGGAAGCGGAUCUGGUUGCAAUCUUGGCAGCUGCUGGUGUGGAUGCUGAAGAUGAACCGCUCGAGACUGGCUCUGCUAGCAAUGAAGACUUUAUGGAUGCAGAACUCGAGUCUGAUGAAGAUGAAGGCGGUUGGGAGAUGGAUGAUAUUCCCAUUGAAGAGGCGGAUCAGUUGGAUGAACUGUUCUCAGAUAACGUCGAUGGCGGCCUCAGUGAGCCUGAAAUUUGGCAACGUGCGUCUCCGGUGCCGGCAGACCAUAUUGCUGCUGGUGCCUUUGAGUCUGCCAUGCAGCUCUUGAACCGUCAAGUUGGCAUUGUCAAUUUCGCACCCUUGCAAGAACGGUUCAUGGAGAUUUAUGCAGGGUCACGCGCGUACACGCCUGGUCAUGUGGGAAUGCCUGCACUCGUCACGUAUCUUCGCAGGAACCCACUGGAGAGCAACAUUCAGAAAUCACUGCCGAGAACGCCCAAGCUGCUCGGUGAUAUCCAGUCGAAUGACUUGGCAGAGGCAUAUAAGCUGGUCAAAGCCAAUAAGCUUGCCGAGGCUGUGGAAGCCUUCCGAGGCAUCUUGUACAGCGUCUUGCUGACCUCAACACUCUCUAAGGAAGAGGUUGAAACGAGCGAGGAACUCAUUGAUGAAGCAAGCGAGUACAUCCAAGCCUGUCAAAUUGAACUCAAGCGUCGCGAACUCUACCCACCCAAGGCAGAGCUCACACCCGAGCAAGUCAAGCACAACCUUGAACUCGCUUGCUACUUUACAGAUGCGCUGCUCCAGCCACCACACCGCUACCUUGCUUUGCAAAAUGCCAUGCGUAUCGCGUCUCUUGCGAGAAACAACAAGACUGCCGCUUACUUUGCACAACAGCUAUUGGAUCUCAAUCCAGAUGGCAAAGCAACCGAUCAAGCAAAGAAAGUCCUCGCUGCAGCGGAUCGCAAUAACAGUGAUGCCGUGCAAAUCAACUUUGACAUUUCACCAGAUGCAGAGUUUGAUAUCUGUCCUGCAAGUAUGACGCCCAUUACUGCUCAGACGCCUUCCACGACAUGUGGCUUUUGUGGAGCAGUGUACCUUGCCAAGUACCGGGGACAGUUGUGUAGGAUUGGUGGUAUCGAGGAGAUUGGUGCGGAUGUUCAGGGAAGGAAGAUCAUGGUUACAGUGCGCUAGUGGAGCGCCAUAGACUGCAUACCUCGUAGCUACUGCAGAAAGAUUGACUGAAUGCUUGCGUGUUUGUUUGUAGCAAUGCCC